AUGUCCGGUUCUUCAUCUGGAAAAAUUGUCGUCCUGAAUGGCUUCCCAGGGACAGGAAAGCUCACCGUUCUGAAGCAUCUUCAGAAGUACCUCCCCACUGAAACAACAUGUCUUCUAGACAACCACCUCCUCAUUGACCCCGUGGUCGCAGUCAUUCCAAACCGGAGCGAUAGACAUCAUGAGCUACGUCGCUCAGUCCGAGCCCCUAUCUUUGAAGAGCUGGCACACCAGGCUAAACAGGGCCACACCAUCCUCAUGACAGCAUGUCUAGCAGCAGACUCUCCACGAGACGAAGCUGUUUUUCGAGAACAUCUCGAUAUCGCAAGCAAAGCAGGAGUUCCGCUUUAUUGGAUCAACGUACACUGCCGCCACAAUGUGUUAGAACAACGAGUUUCUACGCCUGAGCGUCAACAGGGUAGCAAAACAAAACUGACUGAUGUGGAUGUUCUCUGGGGUAUACUGGAGAAGCAUUCGCUCUUUAAGCCGAUUAACAAUGGAGAUGGGCAUGUGAGCUUGGUCUUUGAGAGUAUGGAUGCGAGUGGUGAGGUGGAAACUUCUGUGAUAUGCCUGUUGAAUAUAAUCACGAGUACCAAGGCCGCAGCAGAAGACAAAUCAGCUUCCCAAUGA